GCUCGUUCGGAUGGUUUGGCAUUUCGGUGUGGACACACUGGUUGGCCGCGGCGAAAACCGUCGGCCAGUCAGUCUGCGGAUUGCAGCGAAUUCGCUCAUUUGAAAAAAAAAACAUGGCUGGAAGAGGUGGUUAUGAACACGCUAGGAGCGGAUUCGGUGGUGAGCGGCACAUGAAGCAGCUGCCCACGGAACCGCCCUUCAUCGCAUUCGUCGGCAACCUGCCGCAGGGCCUGGUGCAAGGCGAUGUCAUCAAAAUAUUCCAGGACUUUGAGGUGAAGAAUGUGCGGCUGGUGAAGGAUCGGGAAACGGAUCAGUUCAAGGGCUUCUGUUACGUGGAGUUCGAGACGCUGGACAAUCUGGAGCGGGCGCUGGAGUGCGAUGGCCGGAUCAAGUUGGAUGAUCUCUCGGCACCGCUUCGCAUCGAUAUAGCCGAUCGUCGGAAAAAUGAUCGCCCUGGUGGCGGCAUUGGCGGCGGUAAUGGCGGCGGUAUGGGUCGCGAUGGCGGCCGAGAUGGAUUCCAGAAACGCGGACCGCCUCGCCAGGGCGGAGCAACGCAGUCUUAUAGCCGUAGCGGGCCUGGAGGCGGCGGCGGCGGCGGCAGCAGCGGGGGCGGUCGCGAAGGCGGCGGCGGUUCGGGUAAUCGCGGCGAUAGUAGAGGUUCGUACAAUGAUAGUUAUGGUGGUCACAAUGAUAGAAGUCGCGGCGGCGGCGGCGGCAGCGGCGGCCCAGGCACUGGCGGCGGUGGCAUGAAUAGAGGAUACAAUGAUCGGCCGGCGAAUCGAGGUCGGUAUGGAAACUUCAACAACGACGAUCGGUUCGAACGGAACCAGGAUCGCGGCGAUCGCGGCCAGCGGGAGGGCAGCUAUGGCAAUCAGUCGCGCGACGGUGAUCGCUACAACAACUUCAGCCGGCAUCGCGACCGUGAGCGCACCCACUACAAUCCCAACCAGCAGAGCGAACGUCCCAGCGGUGGUAUCGGCGGCGGUGGUGCCGGCGGCAUCGGCGGUGGUGGUGGUGGCGGAGCCGGUGGUGGUGGUUCCUCCAUGGGUGCCAUUGAUGACACGGAACGGCCGCGCCUGCAGCUGAAGCCGAGAACCAUUGCUGCGCCCAUCAAUGCGGUGGCCGAGACGAAGCAGUCGGCCUCCAUUUUCGGGAACGCCAAGCCCCGCGAGGAGAAGUUGAAGGAGCUGCAGCAGAACGUCAAUCACAAUGGCGAUAACUAGGUAGUGGAAGGAGGAGUCCGCAAUAUUAAUAUGCCUGAUAUGAUAUUUUGGUCUUUGGAGUUAGAAAGAGUGAGGAGAGUUAAAAGAGAAAGAGAAAGAGAAAGAGAAGGAGAAGUAGAGGAGCAGAGGAUGAAGGAUAAACAGAUGGAAGCAUCAGGAGCAUGCAUAUAUAAACACAUACAUUAAUUAAUAACACUACGCUACAUACAUAUUAUAUACGACAGAGACAUGUAAUACAAGAAACAAGAACAACAGGCUGGCCUGCGCUGCGCCUCAGUGUCUUCUCAGUGUCCAGUGUCCAGUGUCCAGUCAGCAGCGAGUCAAGUAAAGUAAUAUAAUACCACUUAACAGAAGCAGCAGCCAAGCAACCAAGCAACCAAGCAACCAUGCAACCAAGCAACAUGCAACAUGCAACAAAACCCCUUUCUUAUUCUAUGCAGCAACAACAUCGACAACAUGGAAAAGUCUAUAAAUGUUAGUCUCUAAGCAUCGAUAAACCUUUAGUCUCUUGAACAUGGCCCAAGUAUAUAUGACUAUAUAUAUAUAUAUGCAUAUAUAUUUAUAUCGGAAAUGCAUUAAUAUCUUAUAUGCAUGUAGAGGAGAUGCCUAUGUACUGAGAACCGUGAGCAUAGCAGCUCUAUUGCACGCUGCUAUUUGUUAAUUAAGUAAUUGCAUAUAUAAACAAAAACAAAAACAAAAAACAAAAAGUUUUACCAUUAAGGCAUACAUAGUAAACAAAGAAAACAAGUAAAAAAAAAAAAAUCUAGAAAACAAAACAAAAAAAAAAAACUACAAAAAAAGAAAAACUCGAAAAACAAAGCAAAAAUCGAAAACUUAAAAAAACCCUUUUUUGACAAAACGUUCAGCGUAGCAGGCAGGCAAUUUAUACAGUUUAUUAUAUAUACUUAUAUAUAUAUUUAUAUAUAUAUAAACAUAUAUAUAUGUAGAUGAAGAAUCCAAUAACGAAACUAUUACACUGAAAGAAACAGAAACAGAAACAGAAACAAACAACAACAAAGGCAAGCAAAACACCAACUACGUACGUAAAAUAGAGAGAGUCAAGUAAAGCCAAUGGAGAAGUCGAAAAAAAUCGUUGAAUUAAUGAUUAUAUAAUGAGAGAGAGAGAGAGAGGAAGCAGCAGCAGCAGCAGUAAUUACAAUAAUUCAUCAAGAAGCCACUUUAUAUAUAUAUAUAUAUCCGACUAUAUAGAGAUAUAUAGGGAGAUCCAAGUCCAAGUCGCAAAAUCCAACCUUAAUUUUCAAACUAUUCCGCUAUCCUUUUUAAAUAUUUUGUUACUAUAUCCUAUAUAUAUCCUUCGAGAAAACGCCAGCCAGCACCAAAGCACCCGUCAACCAAUCCUAUACACUGCACCGAAAUCUGAAUUCUUUUGUAGAUAACCACAAAAACAAAAACAAAAAAAAAAAACAAAACCCCAACAAACCUUUGUAUAAGACGCUAAAAGUUAUGGACAAAAAAAUAAUAACAAAACAAAUAUAAAAAAGAAAAAAAACAAAAAAAAAUACACAUAAAAAAAAAUGUAUAAAUUAUAAUUGUUGUUGUUUCGUUUGUUUCGAUUUUUCUUUGCAUCCCACACAGAAUUGUACGUAGGCGAGAAUCGCUUUUCUUUCCUUUUCCUUAAAGAAUAAUAGUAAUUUUUAUUUUUUUUUUAUUACCAUUUUAUUUCCUCAACGAUGAUGAUUUUUUAUGAUUUAAUUUUAUUUUUUUUUUGUAUCUUGAUAGAAUGCUUGAGAGAAUACGCGAGAAACUUGUAAAUUAAUUUUGAAAAUAAAGCGAAAAAACCUUUACUGAG